UCCUCCCUCCCUUCCCCCCAGCCCUCCUCCAUCUGUUCCCCGCGGCCCGGGGUCUGCAGGUCACCCCCGGAAACGGCCAGGUGGUCCUGCUCCCGGACGCCCAGCUCACCUUGACCUGCUCGGGGCCCGGGGGGCCCCCAGCUGGGCUUCAAGAAGGAUGACGUGCCGUACUUCCAGGUGGACCCCGCCCAGAACCGCCGGCCCUCGGGGGCCCGCAGCUACCCGCGUGACGGAGAGGCGCGGGGCCAGCGCCCUCACCCUGCUGGGCGCCAGCUGGAAGCACACGGGCGUGUACGUGUGCACGGACAACCACACAGCCGAGACGGAGGUGGCCGUGUUCGUGGCCGACCCUGAGGUUUGGUUCGUGGAGAGCCUGCACAGCAUGGCCACCAAGACCAGCGAUGAGGGCACUAUCCCCUGCCUGGUGACCAACCCGGACAUCCAGGUGACCCUGCAGGAGGUGGACACCGGCCGGACCCAGGGGGGCUACAGCCCCACCGAGGGCUAUACCGCGCUGCUGGAGGACCGCACCUACGUGUGCCAGGGCCAACUCCAGGGGGAGGUCCGCGAGUCCCAGGGGUUCAACGUGAUCAGCAUCGCCGUCCCGGAGACCAUCGAGGCCUACAUCAACGUGUCCAGGACGGUGCUGAAGCAGGGCGAGGCGCUGGCGGUGAACUGCACGGUCCACGGAGUGCAGCUGGUGUACUUCUCCUGGGACUACCCGACCCGGGAGCGGAGCCCUGGGGAGGAGCGGACGGACGUGCUGUCCCCCACCAGCAUGCGGUCCUGCCUGCUGUUCCCCCACGCCACCCCGGCCCACAGCGGGACCUACGAGUGCCAGGUCCACGAGGGCGUCCAGGGCCACCAGGCCAGAGCCCAGGUCCAGGUCACGGUCCACGAGCACGGCUUCGUGAAGAUACGGCCCGACAACCGCCGCAAGGUGUCGGCCCGGCUGCACGAGAACGUGGAGAUGAGGGUGGAGGUGGAGGCCUACCCACCGCCCAAGGUGCUCUGGAGCAGAGACGGCACCAGCAUCACUGGGGAGAACAGCGUGAUCACGGAGAAGGAGCAGGAGACCAGGAACAGCAGCACGCUGCGCCUGGUCAGGGUGAGACUGGACCAGAAGGGCCUCUACAAGGUCUGCGUCGCCAACGGGGACGACUCCAAGGAAGUGAUGUUCGAGCUGGAGGUCCAUGUCCCCUCCCAGAUCAGAGACCUGACGGACCACCCCCUCCCCGGCAAGAGGCACCUGGUCACCUGCAUGGCCGAGGGGGUCCCGCCCCCCACCAUCCUGUGGUUCAGCUGUGGCAGCAUGCUGAACUGCAGGAACCGGACCGACGUGUGGCAGCCCCUGACCCCUGACCCCGAGGCGCUGACCAUCCAGACCAACGUCAGCUACAACGCCUCCCGCAGGGUGGACCAGGUCCGCAGCCAGGUCACCUUCCUCAAGCCCCAGCAGGUCACCAUGCGCUGCCAGGCCACCAAUCAAGGCGGCCGGGACAAGCGGGACGUCAAGCUGGUGUCCAGCACUCUCUUCUCCCAGGUGGCCGUGUUGGCCGCCGUGCUCGCCCUGGUGGUCAUCAUCAUCCUUUCCAUCAUCAUCCUCAUCGCCGUGUGGAGAAAGAAGCCGCGGUACGAGAUCCGAUGGAAGGUGAUAGAGUCGGUGAGCACAGAUGGCCAUGAGUACAUCUACGUGGACCCCGUUCACCUGCCCUACGACCUCACCUGGGAGAUGCCCCGGGACAACCUGGUGCUAGGACGCACCCUGGGCUCUGGGGCCUUCGGCCGGGUGGUGGAGGCCACGGCGUACGGCCUGGCCCACUCCCAGUCCAGCACCAAGGUGGCCGUGAAGAUGCUGAAAUCGACGGCCCGUAGGAGUGAGACCCAGGCUCUGAUGUCAGAGCUGAAGAUCAUGAGUCACCUGGGGCCCCACCUCAACAUCGUGAACCUGUUGGGGGCGUGCACCAAGCCAGGGCCCUUGUACCUGGUGACCGAGUACUGUCGCUACGGCGACCUGGUCGAUUACCUGCACAGGAACAAGCACAGCUUCCUCCAGUACCACGCCGAAAAGAACUCCAUGGACUCCGGCUGCCGCGUGUCCCAGGGGAGCACUCCCACCAGCCAGAGGAAGGGCUACGUGUCCUUCGGCAGCGAGUGCGACGGGGGCUACAUGGACAUGAGCAGGGACGAGCCCUGCCUCUAUGUGCCCAUGCAGGAGCAGGUCGACAGCAUCAAGUACGCCGACAUCCAGCCCUCCCCCUACGAGUCUCCCUAUCAGCAGGAUCUCUACCAACAACAAGGGGGCAGUGGGCUGGACUCCACCAUGGUCAUCAGUGACUCUCCAACGCUCACCUGUGACGACCUGCUGGGCUUCAGCUACCAGGUGGCCAAAGGCAUGGACUUCCUGGCCUCCAAGAACUGUGUCCAUCGUGACCUCGCUGCCAGGAACGUGUUGAUCUGCGAGGGCAAACUGGUGAAGAUCUGUGACUUCGGGCUGGCCCGAGACAUCAUGCAUGACUCCAACUACAUAUCUAAAGGAAGUACCUUUCUGCCCUUAAAAUGGAUGGCGCCAGAGAGCAUUUUCCACAACCUGUACACAACCCUGAGUGACGUGUGGUCUUAUGGGAUCCUCCUCUGGGAGAUCUUCACUCUAGGAGGAACGCCGUACCCAGACCUGCCCAUGAACGAGCUGUUCUACAGCGCACUGAAGAGAGGGUACCGCAUGAGCAAGCCAGCCCACGCCACCGACCUAGUUUAUGAAAUCAUGGGGAAAUGCUACGAGAAGUACGAGAAGAGACCCGACUUCUCCUUUCUGGUUCACACCAUGGGCAGCAUGCUCACAGACUGCUAUAAACAGAGGUACAACCAGGUCUCAGACGCCUUCCUGAAGAGCGAGCACCCGGCGGUGGUCCGCACCAAGCCCCGCAGCUCCCCCCCCCUUCCCCGCUGCCAGCCCCCCUUUAGCCUGUCCCCGUCCAUCUCCUCCUUCGCCGUCCCCCCGGACCCCUACGCCCCCACCCCCAGCCUGACCCCGCCCCCGGACCCCGGGGGGCGUCCGGGGGCGGGGCGGACGGGGGGGAGGAGGUGCCGACCCUCUACAACGAGUACAUCAUCCCCAUCCCGGACCCCAAGCCGAAGACCUGUUCGGGGACGCCGCGUCUACGGAGAGCCCAGUGAGCCUGCUAGCCCUGGAGGAGGUGGUGAACGACUCGUCGUGCCGGGACUCGGCAGAGACCCUUCCAGAGGAGGACCGCCUGGGGGGGGGGGAGAGGGAUGCCCUGCUUGGCCCCUCGGGGACCCCAGAGGUGGAGGACAGCUUCUUGUAGCCCCCCUCCCCCUACCCCGCCACCCCCAACUUCCCCCACCCCCCUCCUCCCCCUACCCUUCAUCUCCCCUCCACCCCACCAGACAGCUUCUUGUAGCCCCCCAUCCCCCUACGCCCCCACACCAUCCACCCCCCCUCACCCCCUCCACCCCCCUCACCCCCUCCACCCCCUCACCCCAUCCAUCCCCCCUCACCCCCUCCACCCCCCUCACCCCCUCCACCCCACCAGCCACGUCUGGAAGUCACGCAGGAAGGACCUGUGGAAAGGAAAUCGAUGAAAUCUGCUUUUGUGGGAAUUUUUGUAUUUUUAUUUUGACAUUCCUGGUACUGGAAUGCAAUUAUAUAGAGAAUGUAGCACCUCUAACGCAAAUUACGUGACCGUAACCGUUUUUUAUAUCCUCACUAAGCACUCUUUUUGAAUCUUGUGUCACGAUAGUUAUUACGUUGGGACCCGUCGUAGACUAAACCGUUUGGAGGAACUUUGGCUUUCAAAUUGUGAUUCAAAUUGAUUUUGCAAGCUAGCCACGGGACCGCCAGCGUCCCGGUACGACAUCGAUUUAGGAUUGCAUGUGUGCCUUCUUCAUUAUCUCAGAGAGUGUUUUCAUAGUUUUAUGUUUUUGUAGGGCUUUCCACACGGUAUUUUAUAUGGUGUAUCUUAUUGUGUUUUUCUACGUCCAUUGAAAAGAGGGGGAAGAAUCUAAAACCAUUUGUGUGAACUAAAAACGGGUGAAAGGAUUUUUUUCCUCUAAAAGGAUUCUCCAGUGUUGAUGAGAUGCUAGACGCAGGGUUUGAUUAGAAGUUAGUUAUUUUUCGAGGUACAAACACUAUGGUAGGAAGACAUUGCCUCUCUCUUUUUUUUUCAUUUGUAAGAUAAAUAUGUCAUGAUCAUUAAGUCAUGUGUGAAUUUUCUCUCAGACUCUUUGAUUCUGUUUUGUAGGAUUUUUGUAGGAGUUCUGUACCCAUUUUGCACUUUAUUCGAUAAAAAAAAAAUGUGUACGGUAUAUUCACCAUAAAGGAUGGCAGGGUACAUUAUAUUCUGUAGAGGUCGAAACUAUAGUAUUGGGAGUUCUGUCGGGAGUUUGAGUGAAGUGGACAACGGAUGGUGAUGGAUGAAGCAUAGCACUGCCAUUACAUGAAAUGGUACAACGAAUGUACCAUGGCGAUGUUCGAGUUUAUAUGUGUUCAUACGAGGGCGGGUUUAGACAAACUUGUAUUUGCUUUGUUACUUGCAUUGUGCAUAAUAUUCACUUACAGACGUUUUUACUCACACACAAAUAUAGGACCUACUUACAAUAUAUCAUUCAAAAAACACUGACACCUUUCCCCUUCCUUUGCAGUGUAGAAUGCAGAACCUACAGAUGUUGUAACUAGCUACGGUACCAAAGUUUUCCUGAGGUUUACAUCUUUAUUUUUAUAAGUGGUAUUUUACAUGUUUAAAAUGUGACAAUAAAGUUUUACUAGCAAACAAAAAAAUCGGUGUUUUUUUCAAUGAUGAUGAGGUCAAACUUUGAAUAACACGACUACAUGUAUGUAUUCCAAGACAUUAAAGGUGAUCUGUGUAAGAA